UCCACAUCUUCAGCUCCACGCCUCCUCCAGAGGACAUCCACGCCUCCCGGAGCCCUGCGAAGCCCUUCCCAGCCCGACACGCCUCUCACCUCUCCCCAAGUGUACCUCACCUCGAGUGUAGGCGCAGUAUAAGUGCAUAAAAUUCAUCGUUAAGGAGUGUAAAUAGGACCCAACAUUGGCCCAAGAUGAUGCCUUAAAAUCCAAUAAACAUAAUUUUAAGAUGACUUCCCACAAUGCCAUGGACUUGUGUGGAUGUUGCAGCAACGGAAGAUGCAACAUUGGGCCGGACUCUCCCCUUAGCUUACUGCCGCGGGAGUCCUGGCGGCUGGACUGGGAGAGCGAAGACCUGCCCGGAGCCCCAGCAGCGCCCCCUGCGGUAGCCCCGAGAGGCGGCAGCUCUGUCACAGGACUGACGGUGGGGGCUAUCGCUGUGGUGGAGGGCGGGCGGGUGUGUCGCAGGACGCGGAGGGAAGGAGGAAGGUCGUAUGUGUGUCGGGUGUGUGAGAGACGCUUCCCCAGAGCCUACCUUCUGCUGGUGCACGAACGGUCGCACACGCCCUUCGCCUGCCCCGUCUGCGGACGGACCUUCCGCCGCUCAGAGCACCUCAGGGUGCACAGAGAGACGCACGGGAACAAGAGGCCAGCUUAAUCUCUGGUCCUUGUCCGCGACCAGUUAAACCACCUGUUCUCAACACGUCCACGACGCGUCCACGACGUGUCCACGACCCGUCCACGACCCGUCCACGACCCGUCCACGACCCGUCCAAGACCCGUCCAAGACCUGUGUUGGACCGUGUCGAUGAGACUUAUAGCACGUGCUUUAAAUUAUAGCACGUGGUGAAUGAUAUCCCAAGUCCCGUCCAGGUAUCCCAAGUCCCGUCCAGGCAUCCCAAGUCCACGCACUAUAGCACGUCAGGAGCGGUACCAUUGGGUGUCCAGAAGGAUACCAUGCCACCUGCCUGGUACCACUAUUACCUGUCUACUGCUUCUCCACAUAAUACCGAAGACUCCAGAGGUCGUAGUCCUAAGGGCCCGGGUUUGAUUCCCGGCGGAGGCAGAAACAAAUGGACAGAGUUUCUUUCACCCUGAUGUUCUUGUUAACCUAGCACUAAAUGGGUGCUUGGGAGUUAGACAGCGGCUAGGGGGCUACUUCCUGUGUGUGUG